CGCACGCACGCACGCACACACACACACACACACACGCACACACACGCACAGAACGCCAAAACUUCAGAUCAGUGAUGAGUCCCGGAGAAGUUCACGGUUGGAGCCGCGCGCGCCAGCAGCGUGUGUGAGUUCACGCCGCGCCUGGAGCAGAUUACGCCGUCACUCGGACCCAGCGCGCUCUUCCUUUUCCUCUUCCCUCCUUCUUCUUCUUCUUCUUCCUCUUUCCUUUUCACCUUCAUGCCACCCAGUGAUGACAGAUGUGGGAGACAAUGUUUGGGGAUCAGAGUAGCGAGCAGGUCACGAGGAAGUGCGCCGCCGCCGCCGCUGUUCAGCUCGCGACGCUGCGUUAAAUCCGUCCGAACGGAAGAGUUUCGUGGCGCGCGCCGGACCGUCAACCUACCGCAGGGAUGCGAGAUUAUUCUGCGCUCACUUUGGGCUUUCUGUCCUUUCUGUUCAGCCGCUGCUUCUUCUUCUCUGCGCUACUGCAGCACACUCAUGGAGGACUGCAGAAGUCCUGCUCUGGAGCUCCGGCUGUUCACCUGGAGAAAACCUGCAACCUGCCCUGCUACUGCAGACCAUAUCCACUGUUACCUCCUCCACCACCUCCACCUCCACCUCCACCCAGACUCUUCUCUCCUACAGUGGCUCCAUCCAUCGUGUCUCCACCUGUGAAGCCUUGGGGAAGAGAGGUGGAGAUUUUAGUGCUGGGGACAGUGAGCUGUGCAUCAGUCGUCUUCCUCUUCCUCACUGUCAUCAUCUGCUACAAGGCUAUUAAGAGGAAACCGCUACGGAAAGAGGAGAACGGGACGAGCCGAGGAGAAUACGCCAUGAGCUCUCGCUGCAAGCAGACUGCGGUGGAGACCAACAACACUGGAGUAUAGCAGAAAGAGGAAGUCACUUAGGCUCCGUCAUAACCAGGAGCUGAAAAGUCGUCAGAGACGCAAUAACUGUAUCACAGCAGCAGUGAUGGAGCUCUGGACCUUUUUUUUUUUUUUAAACUUUACUUUGUGGUUGACAAGUGACAAAAUAAAAAGGCAAAUUGGACGAGUGAAGGAAUAGUAAAGGAUUAGUGGAGGAUGAGUGAAGGACAGGUGGAGGACGAGUGGAGGAUGUGUAAGGACAUGUGAAGGACGAGUGAAGGACAUGUGGAGGACGAGUGGAGGAUGUGUAAGACCAUGUGAAGGACGAGUGGAGGAUGAGUGGAGGAUGUGUAAGGACAUGUGAAGGACGAGUGAAGGACAUGUGGAGGAUGAGUGCAGGCUCGAGGCUCAUUGCUCUGUUAGACACUGAAGGCUUCAGACCUUUCACAAGACUUAAAAACUCUCAAUAAACCCAACAACACAUGGCAUGAACCUUCUACUGAAGGCAUCGUCUCUGGCGUCCUCACCUCCGCUCUCUCCGCACCGUCCGCAUGUCUCCUGUAAAUAAAGUCAGUAUCGAUUGCAGAUGCCGUCUGAAAGCUGGGACGAAAGUUAAAGUGGAACUGGAUGAGGAAACAAACAGGUUUUUUUUUAUUUCUUUUCUUUUAUUUGUAUGACUAUGCAACUGGAAAGGAUUUAAAAACCCUAGUGGUGCAUGUUCAUGAUAAUAAAAUACGUUAGCAUAAAACCGCUGCUAAUCACUCUGACGUUCGCUAACGUACUCCAAGGCUUUACUCCGAGCUGAUAAGCUGAACACACCUCACUCACUGCACACGCUGACUGUUAAUUAACCCAGUAUCAUUAAGGAAGCCAAAAAGAUCCUAAACAAUGUUUUGUUUCAGUUUUUUGUUUUGUUUUGUUUUGUUGGAUUCAUAUUAUAAUGGGAAAGAUUUUGUUUACUUUACCGUCUUUGUGUUAGUGUUGGUUCUAUGUAAGUGUUGUUUAUUUGUUUUAUUCUUGUUCUUUUUCUGUUAUUUAUUUUUUGCAGUGGGAAUUUUCUUUCGUUUCCUGGUGUUUUUUAGGCAGAUCUUCUGUUUGCUGUCAUGUUUGUUUGGUUUGGGUUUUUUUGUUUGUUGUAUUAUUGGAUGUGUUUUGUUUAUUUUAGGCUUUUUUGUGUGUGGUUUUGUUUGUUUGUUUGAUGGUUUGUUUGUUUGUUUUUGUUGCUGUUGUUUUAUUUUAUUUUGUUUGCUUGCUUUAAAGAAACAAUUCCAUCCUUCAGCAGUAGUUAUUAAUCACACAGUAAAGUCAGGACCUGGAGUUAGCUUCAAAAAGGAAAAAAGAAUGAUAAAGAGUUUAAGAGUUAAAUUUAUUUAUUCUCCAACACAAUCCAUGAGUUUGGCGAAAAGGAGGAGAAAAGGAACUUUGUGUGUGUUGUACAAUUUAACAGCAAAAAAUAAACAAACAUUUAGGAAAAUCUUAGAGGAAACAGUUUAGUGACGAAGUUUAUUUUAUUUUAAUGUAAAAUAGAGCUUGAGAUAUUGAGAUAAUAACGUAACAUCAUCCUUAACACGACGUCCUUAAACUGUGGGGACUUUUUGAACCACUGCUUUGUUUCACAUGAAGUCGUACGAAUUUGAUUAAAAGUGUCAAAUCGUUUCCAUGUGUUCCAUAACGGAGAUGUUACCGCUGACGUCUCUGACACGACAAAUAAGCUACAUAACACGUCGUUCUUCUGUCCUAGGAACCGAGUGCAAAAGUUUGUGCCGGUUUUUUUGGUUGCGUCUCGAUAUGACUGCAUGUUUAUUACACGGUCGAGUUACGAGUGAGUGGGAAUCACAACCAGCUUCCACCAGAGCUGGAGAAGAAGAUCAACACAAAUCAAUAGAAUCACAAAGACAAACUGACGGUUUAAAGUGCAUCAGUAAGUUCAGUGGACAUAAAGGUCAGAUAUGAAGCUCCUGCUUUAUUCAGUCUUUCAGAGUUUUUUUUCCUUCAGGAAGCUUUCCAAAGCUUUUAGGAGGAUAAGAAUCUUCUCUACACAAAGAACCUCGAAAGACCUUUUUUUCCUGAGAA